UCUCCCUCGCAUGGCCCACCAGCCUCGAGAAACCGGAACCUUCUUGAAUCGUUUUCUAUGUAUGCUCCUCCCCGUCCGAUGUCGUCUGUCCUUAACAAAAGGUCCCCGUCAUAAUCCCCACUGGCUUUGAGGCUGGGGCCCUGGAGAAAGUCACUUGGUCAUACAGAACCAUAACACUCUCUUUACAUACGAAAAUAUCUCCCUAAAAAAGUACAUACCCGCCGUUGGGGCUUGUUCCUGAUCAUUCCUCUUUUGGACCUGACGACCGGCCUGGUGAUCGAAUCAGCUUGGGCAGUGCCCGCUGCUCUAAGGCCUCCAGUGUUAUACAGCAAACCGCGGUCCGACUCUGUGCCACCCGAGAACGACUCCAGUUUCUACAAAGUUGACUGGUCCGAGUUGCCACCUACGCUUGCGACCAACAGCCAGGGAUCUUUACCUGUUUAGGCCCUUCGAGCAGUCCAGCCGGGCUACACCAGAGGAACCAGCGAGACAUAUUUAUAUAUCAGUACAAACGAUCUCGAAAGUGACGGGCGCAUUAUACAACUAAGGUCGCCCCGUGGAGGAAACGUUGGGGCCUUGCCAUUUUAUCCUUCACAUCACGAAAGAAGACAGGAGAUCAAACUUUAAUCACAAUGGCAUUCAACGGCUGCCCGAGGCCGUUUUUGAACGCGGCUAAUUUCAUGAACACUACUGGCUUCAUCAACGGCAGGUUAUGCUCGGAAAUCGGCACAACUACUUGCUGCCUUCCAUGCCCAAUGACGGAUUGGGUGUACCCCGAGAGCUUCAACGUUCUGGGCAGGGUAUCAGAGAUAGUAGCUGUUGUUUCGACUGCCGCCUGCAUAUUCCUGCUUCUCUCGUGGGCCUUCUUGCCCGUUGAAAAGACACACAGGCACUACCUCAGUAUCUGCCUGACAUUAGGUGUGGUGUUGAUGAACCUUGGCUUUGUGAUUCCUCUAGCAGCGGAUCCAGAUCAAUGCGCCGAUGCCAUCACGCCCCAUGACAUGAAGUCAAGUUCGACGUGCGCGGCCUCAGGCGCUUUCCUCAUUUUCGGCGGUUGGCUUGGUGUCAUGUGGAUCUUUCUACGAGCGCUGUCACUUCAUCUACAAAUCUGCUGGGGCACCGUCGCCGGCAAAACCUUUAUGUGGUUUGCUCAUGCCGCCGGCUGGGGAAUUCCCCUCCUGGGCAUCACCCUCACCCUAGUGUUUAGCGGUGUCUCUUUUCGAUUCGGUUCAACGUGUCACGUCAACCACGAGAACAGUUUGGCCAUCCUGUGGAUUCCACUGCUUGUGUUUGCUGGCUUCACCAUCGCAAUUCAGUUUGGAACGUUUGGUUACUGUGUCAAGGUCUACCUCGCCUCGCUGGCCGACAACAGCUCCUCGACGGGGGGAUCUGGCCUACCAACAACGGCCAACAGUGUCAAGUCCCUGUCUCCUCGUCAGACAUACCGCAGAGUUCGCCGCGUUGUCGAGCUACAGUGGAGAGGCAUCUUGAUUGUCUUGAUCAUUGUUGCCGAUGUAGUCUACUUUUCCAUCGUUUUCGUCUUCCAGGACAGGACCGUCGAGAACAUCCGGGAGAAACCCGAAACGGCGAAGGAAUUCCUUACUUGCCUGUUCCUGAACCCGAACAACAGGGAAGAGUGCUUCGACGAGGCUAGCAAGCUUGUCAUGAGCCAAGCCACUGCCUUCAGUGUGCUUUUACUCUUGGGCAUGAACGGCUUUUGGCUUCUACUCCUCCUGGGCCGCUGGACCAUGAUGACUGCAUGGUCAGACCUUUUCAUGAGCAUUUUGGGGCGCAGGAAGCCCGAGUUCGUCUCGGCAGACGCCCGGUUCGAUAUGAUCAAGAACAACAGACGCUCGUACGAGAUGCUAUCCCGUGACACGGGCAAGAAACAAAUGGACGACUCGGUAUCACCAUCGCCGGGGACUUCGAUAUCAAUGUCGCCGCCGCCACCAGCCAAACAGCCGUCGGUGGGCGCGACUUAUGAUCGAAACAACAAUAUUAACAACAACAAUGACGGCAGCACGCCGAGCGGCCGUCGGACCCCCGAUUAUCUGGGCCAGGCUGCGAGGUAUCACGCGCCGAUGCGCUCAUUCUCAUCCCCAAGACCUCCACCUACGCCGCAGAAUGUGAGGUGGGAUUCGAGCGAAAUGUAUGGCGGAAGGGAUAAUAAUAUCCCCAGGGACAUGGGAGACGUGAGCCCAAUUUCUAUGAACAGAAUCUGAGUUACAUAUAGUUCGGCUUGUUGAUAAGAGGGAUAGAAGACGGUUCUUUUUGUCUCUGGAAGGGAAAAAAAAAAUUCAAAAAUAGAUGAAACUUAAUGAUAAAAAACAAGAUUUAAAAUUAAUCUCUGACGAGUAUUACGCACAGGCCCUCGAUUGUUACUCGUGCGCAUACGCAAACCUACUAUGUAAGUCUGUAUGAUACUAUCCAAG